ACCGUUAACCUGGGAAGCGCGUGCAAAUAUCGAUCCGUUUCAUCCCAGAUUCUUUAAAGAAUAAUCUGCAAAUUUUGUACAACGCCUACUUAAGUGAUUGGCGUACUUUAAAGCCAAACCAAGAGAUGGCUGGGAGGUUUUACGACCCUCCGAGCUCGGCCAGUUCAGAAAGUGAUGGUGGUGAUGAGUGGCCAUUUAGUGAUUCAGGCAUGGAUAGUAAUAUCACUGAAUCUGACACUCCAAGGAUUGAAGGUGAAGCGCCCUUGUCACCUCAGUUUCCACCUAGACCACCGUCUGCAGGCUCUCAACCCAAAUCCCCUAGAACCAGAAGACAAAGAACUUUGUCACAGAGUGCUGCUGCUAAAGCCGCUGUAACAACAACUAAUCAGGAUUUCAUCCUAAGGACAAAGGAACAAAAAACUUUUUACACUGCUGGUAGACCACCGUGGUACAACUUUUCUGGGCAACAUGUUGAACCUUUUGUCAUUGGAAUUUGCGGAGGAAGCGCCUCCGGUAAAACGACCGUUACAAACAAGAUAAUCGAAUCUCUGGGGCAUCCGUGGGUGACCUUGCUUAGUAUGGAUUCAUUCUAUAAGGUGUUAACCGAUAAGCAGCAUCACCAGGCAGCAAUAAACGAGUACAACUUUGACCACCCAGACGCGUUUGAUUUUGAAUUGUUGCGCAAAACACUGCAACGUUUGAAACAUUUCAAGAGUGUCGAAGUCCCUAUUUAUAAUUUUAUCACGCAUAGUCGGGAAACCAAGACUAAAACCAUGUAUGGUGCCAACGUGAUUAUCUUCGAGGGAAUUUUGACGUUUUACAAUCAGGAAAUUGUUUCGUUGCUGGACAUGAAAGUAUUUGUUGACACGGACUCGGAUAUACGGUUGGCGCGGCGUUUGCGGCGCGACAUCUCUCAACGCGGACGCGAGCUAGAGGGAGUCUUGAAACAAUACAGUUCAUUUGUCAAACCAUCGUUCGAGCACUACAUUGCACCUCUGAUGGCGCACGCUGAUAUUAUCGUUCCUCGAGGUGGUGACAAUGAAGUCGCCAUCAGUCUUAUCGUGCAACACGUUCAGACGCAACUACAAUUGAGAGGUUUCAAGUUAAGACCCAUCUUGGCUACCGCACAAGUGGAUCAGCCACUGCCAAACUCUCUACAUAUUCUGCCGUUAACCCCGCAAGUCAAGGGUUUACACACUUUCAUUCGUAACAAAGAGACUCCUCGUGAUGAAUUCAUCUUCUAUUCACGUCGGCUGAUUCGAUUAACAAUAGAGUUUGCUCUGUCUUUACUACCGUUUAAGGAUACCACGGUAGACACACCACAAGGAGUUUCAUAUCAAGGGAAGCGCAUAGCUACUGAUAAAAUCGUUGGAGUUUCCGUUUUGCGAGCUGGAGAAACUAUGGAACAAGCACUUUCUGAAGUAUGUAAAGAUAUUCGUAUCGGGAAAAUCCUUAUCCAGAAUAACAUCGAAACAGGAGAACCUGAACUGUACUAUCUUCGACUACCUCGUGACAUUAAAGACUAUCUAGUCAUUUUGAUGGAUGCAACUGUGGCGACUGGAGCUGCAGCCAUGAUGGCGAUCAGGGUGCUCCUUGAUCAUGACGUUCCUGAGGAAAAUAUCCUAGUCGCCUCCUUACUGAUGGCCGCUUCAGGUGUACAUUCGAUUGCCUACGCUUUUCCCAGGGUGAGAAUUGUUUCCUCUGCAGUUGACCCAGAAAUCAACGAAAAAUUCUUUGUCAAGCCUGGUAUUGGUAAUUUUGGAGACCGAUACUUUGGCACAGAACCCCCUAAUGAAAUGUAAAGAAGAUUUCCUAAUUAUUUGAAAUAGCUGGAUUCCCCUAGUGUAUUUUUUCUGUCCCCCUAUAUGAUGCAAGAGACCACUCAGUACUUAAUUUUCCUUCUCUUAUAAAAUUGUGAUUUAAAAAUCUUACAGAUUAAUAUCUGGACCAAACAGUCAUAGAAGACUUAAUUAAAUGUCUUUUCUUAUUGUUUCCACUCAGUCAAUCUGAUGUUUUUUUACACAGAAAAGAACAUAAAAAUUUUUGCUUUCUCCUAUUUUAGUUUAUUAUACUUACUAACUGAUUAUUGGCAAACUCGUGAAAAAGAACAAUAAUACAUUUUGUGUUAAUGUGUUAUAAA